AUGGGUUGCGGCUCGUCUAUGGAGACGCAGACGAAUCCUGUCGUCACGGAGGUCAGCUCGGGAAUGCAAUCGCGGCACACUGCCGCCGGAAACAUUGUCGAGCAAUAUGUGCGACUGGACGAGCAGAUUGGCAAGCUGGAGGGCACCUGUCCUGGUCCGCGGAUGGCCACCGCCGAGGCCUGGGUGGAGCACCUGAAGAGCAAGCACGAGGCAAUGCUAGGCCUCGAUGGCAUGGACGUGGCUCCGCUGCGGGAGAGGGAACGAGGCAGGGAUUUCGAGCAGGAGGAGGUUUACACAAUGGGCGGCCGGCAGGGCAAUCAAAUUGUGGCCAACACGCCCACCAAGGACCUGGCCCAGCUUGCCUACAACCUGGGCGUAAUUGGCGAUGCCCGCAAGGCUUCCAUGCACGAGGACUUCUUUGCCAACCUGAGCGAGUCCGCUUUGUAUUUGCUCAGCAUACGAUACUACGGUGAACUGCUGGAACACACCAAGGAGCGCCUGAAGACGCUAGUCGAGAGCUAUGCGGAGUUAACUGAGCUGUAUGUGAAACAGGACGGUAUUAUAGCCUACAUUAGUGGUGGGACCUAUAUGACCCGGCUGGAGGAGAGCAUAGACGAGCAAUUGGAGACGGCAAGGGAUACGAGGGAUAAGCUGGGCAGUGCCCUGGAGCAGUGGCGCAUCUGUGGGUUACUGCUUAGAGCUGCUGCCAAUUCCUCGACGCAGGCACUGAAACAGUGGCGGCAGCUGGCCAGGAUGAUAGAUCCCAAGCAAAAGUUACAGUGGGCCUUGGACUGCCGCAGCCUCCUCCAUGCCUCCAUGAUCUCUCUCGAAGCGGCUCAACUGUCUCUGCCGCAUGUAGAACUGAAGUAUUUGAGUCAUCGUCAAGUUCUGGCUGUCAAGCACUGCAAUACCUACUUAAUCACUGACAUAGCCAACAAGGCGCGGUAUGAGCACACCACCCGCGUGUUUACUAGCUACGAAGCUAAUAUGUCCAAGACCUGCACUUGGCUGUACGAAACCUUCAACAAUACUCUACGCUCUGACUUUGACAAGGCGGAGGCCACAGUGAGCGGGCUGGCCAAGACGCUGCGAGACCAUCGCGAGGAAAUCUUCGCCACAGUGCGCAAAUGA